GCAAUAGGCCGUGACAAGGCUGCGGCUCAAAUUGUGAGAAGAAGUCCAGUGCUCAGAGAGGUAAAGACAAUCUCUGACCAAAGAUGAAACGUGCUACAGUGAUUUUGUGCCUUCUGGUUGCUGCAACCAACGCUAGAUCUGAUGUGGCAGAAACUGUACCACUUGAUGGUUGCAAGAACUACCCAUGCUCUGGAAAGUAUGAAGAGUGUGAUGUGAUUGGCGGGACACCAUUGUGUGUAAAAAGAUGUCCAACAUGCAAAGUAACUGGAAAUGGGAGCCCAGUUUGUGGAACUGAUGGAAAGACAUAUAAUUCCCUUUGUCGACUGCAACAAGCUGAAUGCAUGGACAAUUUUGUCAUUGAGCCAAUGUGCACAGGGAAGUGCCCAUGUGAUCCCAAAGAUGUAGAGACAAUGGACCCUUCCACUGUGCAUAAAUUACAAAAGCUGCGUUUGCAAGUCCGCCUUGAUCGCAGAUUUAAGGCAGAAAUGGAAAAAGAAACAGAAAUUGAAAAGUUAAAGAAAAGCGAGAGGCUGUCAUCGGAAGACGCCCUUGCCACAGCAGAAGGUAUUGAGAAGGUUUAUUCAGAGAAGAUGAGAAAAUGGAUGAAGUUGAAGAUGAAAAACAAAAUGGAAAUGUACAAACGCAAGACAGAGAUUUCAGUCCAGGAAACUAAGAGGAGAGUUGGUCAGGGUGUCUGUUUACAAAGUGACUUAUCUGAGCUGCCUGGGAGACUUAUUGAUUGGUUUCACGUUUUGAAAUCAAAUGAACAGGGAGACAAAGGAAAAAGCUCAAUAAAGGAGAUGUCAUUUCUCGAUGCAAAGCUCAAGGCAAUGUACGUCACUCUUGCAUGCAAGAAAGACCCAAACAGGCCCGACGCCGAAGUUUUCUGCUUGCAGCCCGUUCAGUGGAUGUUUGAUCACCUCGAUGUUAACAAAAACGGCAUUCUUGAAAGCACUGAGCUGUCUGACUUGGAAAGUGUAAACUCAGAACAUUGCAUGAAGAAAUUUUUCCUCGGUUGUGACAGAAACCGCAAUGGAACAGUGGAGAAGACAGAAUUCUGCCGAUGCCUUUGCGUGGAGCCUCCAUGCACCAAGGCAAUUGAAAACAUCCCCACUCUGUUGAUCGCUGGGGUGCCACGCCCUGUACCGGGUCUCUUUAUUCCCAAAUGCAAUGAAGACGGAUUCUACGUUUCAAAACAAUGCACAGAUAAAGAGUGCUUUUGUGUAGACAGGAAUGGUCUGGAGGUCCAUGGGACCAGAGUGGCAGGAAAGGAAAUGGAAUGUGGUGACAAUACCAAAAGAAAGACAGAGGAGUAAAUGAAGGAGCAGUUUUGCAAUGGAGGAAAGACUUUGUUUCUUGAACAGUGUUUACAGCUUUGAUUAGCGUAGAGACUCAUUUACUACCUUACAUUUGUAAGCUAUGAAUCUUGUUACCUGUAUUUUAUUUAUAUUUAGUGUUUUUUCUAAUUUGUGUAUGUAGUUACGAAACCUGCUAAACCCUUUCGUUAUAUAAGAAGUUGGUAAUUUUUGUCAGAAAUAAGCGUCUAAGAUUGCGUAUCAAAAUUUUUCACUUUCCAAAUAUCGCUAAUGUAUUCAAAAGCCUUUUAAUCAUCUCAAAUAAUCUUUAGGUAUUUUACUAGAGUAGAAAGUCAUGUUUCUCGACAUGCUGAUUUCCCUCAAAGUAGUCAGACAACCUGGGAUUUGUUAGCAAGCCUAUGAAUAGUACUCACGUAAAUAUUACCCGGUGUGUAGUUUUUGUACUUAAGGGUUUUUUAUCGUUUUAGAAAACACCUUCGUUUUUCUAAAUUUUUCGAUGGCAAAUUAGAUUUUGACGUUGAUUA